AUGGACGUCAACACAACAAUCCACAGGAGUCUAUUCCACACUUGCUCUUGUACUGGGAGAUUGGUUGGUAACCGCUCAAUUCAUAUCGUUUUAGUGGCUUUGGUUACUGAUGGUGGACUAGGUUCAUGUCCUCAAUUGUGGGUGAAGGCGAGGGAAAUAGUGGUAAAGAGGAUCAGUGAUAGGAUGAUGUUUAUUAAACUAGUUAUAGGCAGGCUUUUUGUGAAUGUUGUUAGUGCAUAUACACCCGAUGUGGGUCUGGAUGAAGAAGUCAAAAGGCUCUUUUGGGAGGAUUUGGAUGAAGUAGUGAGAGGUAUACCUAGUACCAAAAAGAUUUUCAUUGGUGGAGAUUUCAAUGGUCAUAUCGGUACAACUUCUAAUGGUUUUGAUGAUGUCCAUGGAGGCUUUGGUUUUAGAGAAAGAAAUGGCGGUGGGGUUUCUCUCUUGGAGUUUGCCAAAGCUUUUGAGUUGGUUAUUGCUAAUUCGUGUUUUUGA